UUCGUCUGUUAGCCGUCUGGUGCGUUGCCACGCCGCUGUCGCAGUUUGUUCGUUUUGCUCGCUCGCUCGCUCGCUCGCUCGUUUGCCUGAUGGUCGAUGCUCGCUGCUGGCAUUCGCAGUCGUCGCAUGUUGAGAGGAAGUAGGCGCGCUCCGCAGCAGAAUCUGUUGCAGAUUCAGAUUCAGAAUCCGAAUCAGAGGCAUAAUCAGCGGGGGAGAGGCAGCAGCCAGGCAAAUUAAUGAUUAUUGUUUGGAGAUUACAGGCACAUUGAUUGCUUGCAACGUUCCAGAAAACACAACAUCGAAUAACAAUAUUUGAAUUAGUGGAAGCAGAGUAAAGGAAGCACUUGGCUGAGGCAAAACUAAAAAUAAUUUUGAAGCCAAAGAAAUGUUAAAAAUAAAACCAAAAGAAAUCAACGAAUUUUCGGUGGCACCAACAGCAGCAGAAGCAGCAGCAGAGGCGGCAAGAACAAGAACCGAGCAGGGCGGCCCCCGCAGCAGCCGCCGCAGCAAAAAAUGAACAAAAUUAAAAAGCAGCCGCUUGGAGCUAGAAAAAAACCCAAUCAACGAGCAGCAGCAGCGGCAGGAACUACAAAUACAAAAACAGAAGCCGCACAGUAAAUAGCCAGGCCCAAUCCAAUCCAAUCCAAUCCAGCCAGCCUCCAUCAGCAGCAGCAGCAGCAGCAGCAGCGGCCAAAAGCAGCAGCAGCCGCGACAACGAGGCCAUCAAGUGAGUGGGUGGCUUUGGCUUUGGCUGUGGCUGGCAAGGACAGCCACGUUGGACGUUGACGUCGGCGGCGCGACACCGACGACUGCGACUGCGACGACGUUGUCGUGGCCAACACUGUCCGGGUCCGGGUCUGGGUCCGGGCCACUUUCGCGAAUCAAUUUCCGUUGCGGUGGCCGUUUCAGUUUUGGUUUCAACGUCGCCGGCGCUACGCGUGUCGUGAAUUUCAAAUGGCGGUCGCUCUCCCGGUCCCUCUCCCUGUUUUCGUUGUCGGUGAUUCUGCAGGUGUUCGCGUAGGUGUUGCCUGCCCAGCGAAUUAACGUGGGACGCGAAACGCGCAAGAGUCCGACCCCUGAGCCGCAGGCCAAGUCCCGAGUGCUAAAAAGUUAAGCAAACCCCGAAAAAGAAAACAAAGUGUCUGAGAAACCAAGUUACAAGUUGUGGCCACUUAACCAACCAAAGAAACGAAACGAAAAGAAAACCAAUAAGCCCCAAGAAAAGUCAGACUCUGCAGACUCCCAACCCAGAUCCCGACUCAUGUUGUUGUGCCCCGAUCUUGGCCAGCUGCCGACGGCGGCAGAGGCCUCCGUCAACAUGCCGCGGCAAAGGCAUCGCACCAGUGCCACAAGGAUACGCAAGAGACGCUGCUGCUGUGGCGGCCAGCCAGCGCCGGAGGAGCAACAGCCGCAGCCCCAGACACAGCCACAGUCACAGCCGCAGCGAGGCACAGCGACUCCCCAGGGCAACAGCCCAGUCUGGAGCAGUCUGGCCAGGGUGACGGCUACGGUGCUGACCACCGCGGCCCUGCUGCACACCACGAGCGCCCUGUCCGGGCCGGCCGCCGACGCCGAGCCCGUUGCACUGCCACUGCAGGGCACCUCCACGCCCACAGUCCCGCCUGCACAGCACGUGCUGAAUGCCACACAUCUGGCGGCCACGCUCUUCAACGAAACCAGCGGCCUGCUGGACGCCGGCUCCUCCCUGGCCACUUUGGCCGAGGACGAGGACUGGCUCGACAGCGUCUUCUGGCUGUUCAAGGCAUUCGUCAUGCUGCUGAUCAUCAUAGCGGCCAUUUGCGGCAAUCUGCUUGUUAUUAUUUCUGUGAUGCGUGUUAGAAAAUUAAGAGUUAUAACGAAUUACUUUGUAGUUUCCUUAGCCAUGGCUGAUAUAAUGGUCGCUAUUAUGGCCAUGACAUUUAACUUUAGUGUGCAAGUAACUGGGCGCUGGAACUUCAGCCCCUUCCUGUGCGACUUGUGGAACAGUCUCGACGUGUACUUUUCGACAGCGAGCAUUUUGCAUUUAUGCUGCAUAUCUGUGGAUAGAUACUAUGCGAUUGUUAAGCCCCUCAAGUAUCCGAUUAGCAUGACGAAACGCGUGGUGGGCAUUAUGCUGCUGAACACGUGGAUAUCGCCGGCCCUGCUCUCGUUCCUGCCCAUCUUCAUUGGCUGGUACACGACCGACGAGCACAAGGUGUUCGUCAAGGAGAAUCCGGAGCAGUGUGCAUUUGUGGUUAACAAGUACUAUGCCAUCAUCUCGAGCUCGAUUUCGUUCUGGAUACCGUGCACCAUCAUGAUUUUCACCUACCUGGCCAUCUUCCGGGAGGCCAAUCGACAGGAGAAGCAGUUGAUGAUGCGCCACGGCAAUGCCAUGUUGAUGCACCGCCCAUCCAUGCAGCCCUCAGGUGAGGCAAUGAGCGGCUCGGGCUCGUCGAAAACAUUGACACUGCAUGAGGUCGAGCAGGAGCACACACCCACUAAGGACAAGCACUUAAUCAAAAUGAAGCGGGAGCACAAGGCCGCACGCACGCUGGGCAUCAUCAUGGGCACCUUCAUCCUCUGCUGGCUGCCGUUCUUCCUGUGGUACACGCUCUCCAUGACCUGCGGCCCCUGCCAGGUGCCGGAUAUCGUGGUGUCCAUACUCUUCUGGAUCGGCUACUUCAACUCGACGCUGAACCCGCUCAUCUACGCUUACUUCAACCGCGACUUCCGAGAGGCCUUCCGCAACACGCUGCUGUGUCUGUUCUGCAACUGGUGGAAGGACCGCCACAUGCCCCUGGACAUCGACAUCCGUCGCUCGAGCCUGCGCUACGACCAGCGGGCCAAGAGCGUCUACUCGGAGAGUUACCUCAACUCGACCACGCCCUCGCAUCGCCGCCAGUCCCAGAUGGUAGACAACUUAUAAUACAGGAACGAGGCGCUCCUGACGCCGAUUGCCCAGCAGCAGCAGCGGCUGGCAGCGAGCGACUCCCGCCUGGCGGUCGCAGGAGGCACUGCAGCAGCUUCGGUCGGAGCAGGGGCAGGGCAACGGCCAGGCGCCGGCGCCGGCACCAGACCCACACUCGACAGUAAGGGGGACGAUGUACAGGAGAUACAGAUCGAAAUACCCAUGGAGUACAUCAACAAAUGGAACAAAAACAACAAUGCAGCUGCCUCGACGGCCUCCAGCCACGUUUAAGAGAUGUGCGGAGAAGAGGAGGAUGGAUGGAUGGGGGGCAUGGAAAGAAUCAAUUUAAUGCAAUCAAAAUUGUCCAUUAAUUUGCAAAAUUAAUAUGCGUUGGCGUAGGUUGAUUCACUCGUAACGUUGACAUUAAUCAAUCAUGCACUGGAGCGUGCCAUUUAAUUUUGCCCCCCACUGUGGCGCUCACUGUGCCGUGCACUUUUCCCUUCUGCGUCUCCGAGAACAGAGCUGUAGGACAAUUUGUUAAUCUAUGAUUUCGUGUCGGUUGAGUCCUGUUAUCUUGUAAAUACUAAAUAUUUUUGUACGAGUAAAUUAAGUGAAGGUUGUAAAAUCAUUUCUAGCAGAAAUUUGUUAAACAUUUCAAGCAAAAAAGGAAAAUCUAUUUAAAUGGCAAUCACUGCAACACACUGAGCUAUAUUCGUAGGUCCAGAUCCAGAUCCAGAUCCAGAACCGAAUACGAACCAUAAACUAGAAGAGCUAAUGCUAAAACUGUGCCAAUUAACAGACCGCAAAACGUAGACAUCUAUGGGGGGACAUUGCAACCGGCACAUGUCCUUACAAGGGCAUUUUCCAUUCCCAAUUAAAUUCAGAGAAACCAAACCAAAAGUCAUGGAAGCAAAAGCAAAGCUAAAACCCAUUUACGACAAUCGCAUGAAUUUGAAAAUGCUCAAAAGAUUCGAAAAAUAUUAAAUAAAUUUAACAAAAGAUAUACCUACAGAUAAAUUAAAUAUAGCGAAAUAUAUAGUUGUAUCAGACAUUUCUAGCAUUACCAAGUGGCAGUCGAAAUCAAAAGUAACCUCUAGAGAGACCCAACCUACGAGUACGUAAGAUUAACCAACCAAUAUAGUCAUCGAUAUCAGAUUGCGGACUAAACCGAAUAGCAGUGUAUCCGUAGUUCGUUUCCGUAUCCGUUUCCGUGCGUUGAAUUUGAAUAAUGUGAAUCGAAUCGGGCCUAAGUGCGUGUUCCAUAGAGCCGGAGAGUGAGACGAAUCAGAGGCAAUUGCGUUGCAGUUCCUGGAAUAAAGUUGACUGUGUAGCCUGGGAAGGCAAGGCUUGAGCACUGCUUCUGAAGUCAGCAACUUGAUUCCAGCAAUUGCGGCCCAAGCACAACGCUGAAUGGUGCUCAAAAUACAUACUACAUCUAAUCGUAUUCGUAUUCGUAUUCGUAUUCGUAUUCGUAUUCGUACUCGUUGAAACCAAAAAACAACCGGAACCCUAACCAAAUUUCGACUAUGAAAACCAAUUGAAAUGCAAAUGAGGCAAAUAAUUGCAAAGCAGACAAAGAGACCACUUUGCGUACUACUUUGUGUAAGGAACUAGCGACUCGACUCCAUAAAACUAUCCACUAUUGUAGCAACAGUUUGGAAAACUUACCUAUUUAUCAUUUACUUUACCCUCAACGAGCCACGGGCCGCACAGCGGAAGGCCAAGAGCAUUUCUCAAGUUGAGCCAGACGACAAAGAAAUAAACAGAGCCGGGGGAAAUCCGUUUAUAUAGAGAGAAAAACACAAAAUUGUUCCAAGUUGUCAGCAACCAGAAAUGUCUUAAUAAUUUGCGAUGCUAGUCCCAGAAAAGAAAAUACAAUUUAAACAAAGUCUUGUCAAAAGCGGAGGAGCGCAAGGAGAGAAAGAGCCAAGGCUCGCUAUGUACGAUAUGUAGGGUGUACAAAUAGACGUCUAUAUAAAUGUUAUACAUAUAUCAUAGUAAGUAUUUAUUAUACGAGUGUGUGUGGCUUUCCUUAAGAAGAUGAGAACCCAAUCCCAACCAAAAUCGAAUGAAUCUCCAAAGAACUUGUUAUAUUUUUAUAAACCACAGAAACCCAAAGCUAAAAAAUGUAAUAUUAUAUAUGUUUGUAUCUAUGUAUAUGUACUAUAUGUCUGUAUGUGUGUAUAUAUGUGUGCAAGGUAUUUAUUUAACAACCGAACUUUUUGUUACACUGUUUCCUUGUGUGUUUGCUGGGCCAUUUCCCGUGCAAAAAAUACGAGUACAAUAGGAUCUAGCAGUAAGCCAAACUGAGAAGCAACAAGCAACAAGCAAGAAGCAAAUCUAGCCUCGAGUAGAGUCAAGUAAACGGCAAACUAAGCCACUAACUAAGUGAAUCUGAAAUUCAUGUGUAUUAUAAGGCAACAUAACGAACUUCAAGUUGGAAAACAUACAGCAAAGCAAAGCGAAACAAAACAGAACAUAAUAAAAUAAAAUUAUGAAAACUAAAGAUGUA